AUGCAAGCGGCGCUGGCCGAGGCUCUGGUGCGGGAGACGCUGCACUGGGUCGGCCUCGCACAGGUGCUGGCGUCGAGUCGGUGCCCAGAGGUGCCGGCCUGCCCGCCGGUCCCAUCGUGCCCAGCCCUACCAGAGAUCCCCAGCUGCCGGGCCUGCCCGGGUGCGCCGCCGUCCCCUGCGCGGCCGUCCGCGCCGCCCGUCGCGGGCGGCUGGGCAGUCCCCCUGGCGGCCUUCAGCUUCGGGGGCCUCCUGGUCGCGCUCGUCUUCCUGGCCGUCGGGCGCUGGGGCGGCACGAGACGGAUGGCCGCGCUGGCGGCACCUGCACUCCCGCCCCCGGCCCUGGAGGAGUGGGCGUUCGUGUUGUACACAGUGGCGGGGCCCCCGGUGUACCACCAGCGGCGGGUGCUGGGCUGCAGGCGCGCGGCGUGCUCGGCGACAGAUCUCGGCCGCGUGAUCAUCGAGACGCCGGACCUAGAUGUGUACGAGAAGGACUACAGGACGGGGUCCCUCGGCGUUGAUGUGGCACGAGUCGUGUUCAGCAGCGAGCGCUGGCCGCCCCCUGCCACCGUGCCGCGUGCCCAGGUCUAUCGGUUCAGGGACGAGCCCACCGGCCUGGAGUACGCGGCGAUGGGGGGAGCGGCCCGCGUGGAGGCCAACCGGCUCUGGGCCGCCGCGGACGUGGCUGCUGGUGGCGCUGGGGGCCCGAUCCCGCUGAACGAGUUCGUGCCGUUCCCAGAG